UAUGUCCGAAAUUCAGAUUAUGUAUGUGUCAUUGCUCACCUACCUUCAUCUUGCCGUUACGAAUAUCGCCGUUUGAAUUUACAACUUUACCGUGCAGAUUCCUUUUGCUUUUCUCGUACGCACAGGUCUUUUUUUAAGUAGAAUUUCCUGCUUUUACAAAAUUGAAGCUGCUUUGGAUAACCUGGGCGGAUACUGAAUUAACGCUGCAACUUGAAACUUGCCGCAGACAGCAGCUUGUUUUCGCAUUCCCGUCAAUAUUGUCGAAUUCUGUAACUUGAAUUUCAAAAUGUGAAUCUCAAAUUUGAAACAGUUUGCGUAUUGCUGUUUGGUGUUUUAGUUCGUUUUGCUCUUGGCUGGUUAAAGUCUGAUUUUCUUUUUUGGGCUGCAGGAUUUGCACAUUGUACGUAAUACUACAAAUGUGUCAGUCUAUGUUUUCUUCAGUCUAUCUGUCAGACGGGUUGUUUAUAUAAGAACAGUGAAGCAUUCUUCCAUAUUAUGUGAAAAACCGUGUGGAACUAUUCUGAUAAGAAUAAUCACGAUUUCGUGCUGGAGAAUUCUCAGAGUUUGUCCAGCCUGACUUAAAAAUGCUGAACCUGAAGCGCGCAAGUUCGAACCUAGUUCGUGGAGUGGUGGCUCUUGAAUUAGCCUUCCUGGGAGCCUGCUACGGAGUGCAUCGUAAUCUAAACCACAACCAAGAUUUCCGGUACUGGAUGAGUCGAAAAGCGCCAAUGAUUCUCGACCUAUUUUACAAAGUGGGUGAAAAAACGAUCGAAGGAUACGGUGCUCGGGAAGUGGACUUGAUUGAAUUCAAGAGAAGAGAUGAAAGCAGCAAACUUGCACUGGAAUCGAAUGAGCGAAGGGCACUUCCCAAUCUUAAUGUAAACUGAAGCAAUUCUGCCGUUUCCAGCAAUAAAAAAUCCUUUGGCGGUUGUGAAUGUGUGAUAACUUCCGGUUUCCCCGGCUGUCCCGGACUGAACCUUGAUUCGCGUUCAUCAGGCGGUUCAUCGUGGAGACGUGGACAUGCAAUGACUGACCGCAUUUUUCUGUGUGGGAUUUCGAUGUGUGCAGAUGAAUUUUGAGAGUGUGAGAGUGUUUAGAUUUUGAAUUGUUGCAGUGGGUUUAUCUAUCAGUGACGCUGGCUAGAUUUUUGAAAGUGCUUCUGCUUACUGAUGAUUUGAAAUAUUAUGACGGACUUCUUGUGCAGAAUGUGGCCAAUUGAGAUAUACCGAAAGGUCGGGAAAACUACAAUUUUUUUUAAAUCCGAUUGUACCUGCACGGGUCUUGGGGUGCUUAUUGUAAUUUAUGUAAUGUUGCAACACCACAGA